AUUGCUUCUGAUUUCAGCAGAUGAAGCUGCGACGCAGUUGGAGCAGCUGAUUCAAAGAUGGUGGGUGUUUGUGGUUCAUGUCUCUGAAUGACUGAAGUCCAGAAGAUGGAUGAUUGUGUGGAGGAAGAGGAGGAGAGACCAGAGUCUCCAGGAUCCAUCAGUGUCUCUAUGAAGAGUGACUGGUCCAGAGAUAAACCUCCAUACUUCAGUAAAGAACUUGGACCUUCAGACACAAAAAGCAAGAACUUUCCGGCCAUCCGGUCCUUGAUGUCCCUAUCGUUUGGACGUCGGUUCUUCAGACGGAGCUCUGACCAGUCGGCUUCAAAAAAUCUGGGAUCCAGAGCAAGCUCUCCACAAGCAGAUGCUGGUCUGCAGCAGGUCCUAGAUGAACAUAAGACCAGUCUGAGGAGCAGAUGUGAACAUGUGACUGAAGGAACUGAUGAACCAGGAAGUAGAACCCCCCUCAACAGGAUCUACACGGAGCUCUUCAUCACAGAGGGACUGAGUGGAGAGGUUGAUACCCGACAUGAGGUGAGGCAGCUGGAGACAGCUUCCAGGAUGAAGAGCCUCCAUGACGCUCCAAUCAGGUGCCAGGACAUCUUUAAAGCCUUACCUGACCAACGUGGAGCCAUCAGAGUGGUUCUGACCAACGGCGUCGCUGGCGCUGGGAAAACCUUCUCGGUUCAGAAGUUCUCUCUGGACUGGGCCGGGGGCUGGGAGAACCAAGACGUCACCGUGGUGAUUCUGCUCUCGUUCAGGGAGCUGCACCUGAUCGGAGAUAAGAAGCUCAGUCUUCUCAGGCUGAUCCAGGUUUUCCAUCCAUCGUUCCAGAAGCUCACAGCAGAGCAGCUGGCUGCCGGGAAACCGUUGUUCAUCUUUGACGGCCUGGAUGAAAGCAGACGUUCCCUGGACUUCAACAACGGUCCGGUCGUGUCUGACGUCACACAGAGCUCAUCGGUCAACGUGCUGCUGACCAACCUCAUCCAGGGGAACCUGCUUCCCUCAGCUCUCAUCUGGAUCACCUCCAGACCUGCAGCAGCCAAUCAGAUCCCUCACAAACACGUGGACAGGCUGACAGAAGUACGAGGCUUCACCGACGGCCAGAAGGAGGAAUACUUCAGGAGGAGGUUCAGGGAUGAAGAACGGUCCAGCAGCAUCGUCUCCCACAUGAAGACAUCCAGAACCCUCCACAUCAUGUGUAAACUCCCGGUCUUCUGCUGGAUCACUGCUACAGUUCUGGACCACAUGUUGACCACAGAGCAGAGAGGAGAGCUGCCCAAGACCCUGACUGACAUGUUCUCCCACUUCCUGCUGGUCCAGACCAAGAGGAAGAGGAACAAGUACCAGGAGGGACGUGAGACGAGUCCACAGGAGCUGACGGAGACUGACAGGGACCUUCUCCUGAAGCUGGGGAGGCUGGCGUUUGAACAUCUGGAGAAAGGAAACAUCAUGUUCUACCAAGAAGACCUGGAGCAGUGUGGUCUUGAUGUCCCAGAGGCCUCGGUGUACUCGGGAGUUUGUACCCAGAUCUUCAGGAGAGAGUGUGAGGUCUUCCAGAAACCCGUCUACUGCUUUGUUCAUUUGAGCAUCCAGGAGUUCCUGGCUGCAGUCUACCUGCUCCACUGUUGGUCCACCGGAAACACAGAUGUGCUGAAGAACUUCCUGGGAGGAGACUACACAUACUCAUCUCUGGAUAAAUUCCUGGAGAGAGUCAUGAAGAAAUCCCUGGAGAGUAAAAAUGGCCACCUGGACCUGUUUGUCCGCUUCCUUCAUGGUCUUUGUGUGGAGUCCAACCAGAGACUGUUAGGAGGUCUGCUGAACCAGACGGAGAACGAUCCAGGAACCAUCCAGAGAGUCAUCAACAACCUGAAGGAGAUGAACACUGAUGAAAUCUCUCCUGACAGAAGCAUCAACAUCUUCCAGUGUCUGGUGGAGAUGAACGACCUCUCAGUUCAUCAGAGGAUCCAAGAGUUCCUGAAGUCAGAGAACAGAUCAGAGCAGGAACUCUCUGAGAUCCAGUGUUCAGCUCUGGCCUACAUGCUGCAGAUGUCGGAGGAGGUUCUGGAUGAGUUGGACAUGGAGAAGUACAAGACAACAACAUGGAGGGGUCGACAGAGACUGAUUCCAGCUGUGAGGAACUGCAGAAAGGCUCUAUUUGUUAAUUGUUAUCUCUCAGAGACUCAGUGUGAAGUUGUUGCGUCCGCUCUGAAGUCCAACCCCUCCCAUCUGACACAACUGGACCUGAGUGGGAACUACCUGCAGGAUUCAGGAGUGAAGGUUCUGUCUGGUGGACUGGAGAGUCCAAACUGUAGACUGGAGACUCUGAGGUUGAGGAACUGCAGUCUGUCAGAGAUCAGCUGUUCUUCUCUGGUCUCAGCUCUGAAGUCCAACCCCUCCCAUCUGAAACAUCUGGGCCUGAGUAACAACUACAACCUGCAGGAUUCAGGAGUGAAACAUCUGAGUGGAUUUCUGGAGAGUCCAGACUGCAGACUGGAGACUCUGAGGUUGGUGGGCUGCGGUCUGUCAGAGAUCAGCUGUUCUUCUCUGGUCUCAGCUCUGAAGUCCAACCCCUUCCAUCUGAAACUUCUGGACCUGAGGGGGAACGACCUGCAGGCUGCAGAUGUGAAGCAGCUUUCUGAUCUGGUGGACAGUCCAGACUACAAGCUGCAGGAUCUCAGGUGGAGAUGAUUAGAGCGUCCAGGACGGAUGAGUCGUGUCCUGAUCGUCCUCAGAGUUGAAGCAGAACCAGUUUGUCUGGACAGACUCUGACUGGACCGUGAUGAUGAUGAUGAAGAUGAAGAUGUACAUAGUUUCUGAAUUCCAGAGUUUCACAAACUUCUCAUAUAUUCAUUUAUUUCAUGUUAAGUCAAAAAGUCUUUAUUGUUAUUAUAUUAUUGUUAAAAAACAGUACAUCAAAAUGUAGCCUUUAAUUUGAACUUGAGUUUUGUUCAACAAGCAAGCACUUUGUCUAAAGUCUGGAUGAGUUCUAGUUUGGAGGUUUCUACUACUAAUGUAGUGAUGGAUAAAUGUCUGCGCUGCCGCGGCGGAGCUGCUCAGCAAAACAGCCGUCUCCUCCACCGAGUCACAUGACUCCCCCGGUGUUUUCUUUUUUAUUACAUGUUUCCGUUUCAUUCCAAGUUUUCCUUUUGUUGUUGUCGUGUUUUCAGCUCGUCAGGUUUUUAAAGUUUCUCUCCGCGUCACUGAUGAAGAGAGAGAGUGAAGAGAUCCGUGGAAAUAACGUUUGUUCAUGAAACACAAAACACAAAUGAACUUGACUUGGUCAAUGAAUGUUCCUCAGUUUGUUCCAGUAAAUAUUGUAAAUGUUUUCUGGAUAUUAAGAUGAUUGUUAACACUUCAAAGAAAAUCUAAAAUCUUCAGUAAAACUUGGAUCUUUUCUCUUGUUCAGUUUACUGUGGUUAAUAAGUGUUUGUCUGUGAUUAGUCUCAGUACCAGGAGCAGCACCGACCAUGACUAGGAACUUUUUACUCUCUUGUUCACCAUCAGCACAAAUCUGACUUUUAUUUCAAUAAAGAACCCAAAAAAGUUUAAGCCAACAUUGAUGAACUGAAUUGAAUUAAAACACAUCAGAAUCAGAAAUCAGAUUUAUUGGCCAAUUUUGAACUUUGCCCAACAAGGAAUUUGACUCCAGUUAUUUCACUCCCUGUACCCAGAUUUAAAAAUAGAAAACAGUAAAUAAACAAAUGUGGCACUUAUGAACAUAUAUACAAUUAAUAAACUGAAAGGUGCAGCAGUGUGAUGUAGAUAUGAUUAUUGGAAGGUGCAUUGUUACAGCAUAUGAUAGUGUUACUAUAAUUACUGUUAUUUUUAGGGCCCAAGCACUGACAGUGUGAAAGCCUGAUUGUAUCUGUAGGAUUAUUUUUUUCCUCGUUUUUCGACGAAAUGAGGGCCUUUUUUCCCCUAAACGUGCCCCAUAAGUCACCAAAUUUUGCACCAAGCCAGACCUGGUGAUAAAUGUGAUAUUUAAUGGUUUACAUUAAUGGGCGUGGCCUAACGGCUCAACAGCGCCCCCUCAAGCCUUUGUGCCUCAAGCCCCACAAUACGGUUUGACGUACAUGCACGAAAAUCGCUACACACCUGUAUCAUGUCACAACUUAAAGAAAAGUCUCUUGGCGCCAUGGCCCAAACCCAACAGGAAGUCGGUAAUUUUGGCGCAGUUUAUGCCAUUUCUUCAGCCGUUAAUACGGCCCGAACCGUAACAUGCACCCAGGUGUGUUAUACAUUAAAAUGUGCGUCUCGAUGCUGCGAUGAUGCGCAUUACUUUUCUCAGUCAAGAGCGUUACCGUGACGAUGAUUAUCUUCAUCUGAUUGGUCUAUAUUUGAUGUUCUCAAUUUUCUGCCAUAACUUGUGAAUGGUUUGACUUAGAGAGUCAUGGUGGUGUCAUCGGACUCGGGUUUGAGUCCUUGACCUUCAUGGGUGAUAAUUACACAUGCGAGGGCCCGUUCAUCGCUGCUUGCAGCUUUAAUUUCAUUUGUUUCAGGACUGUACUUGUCUAACCUCUUUGAAAGGUUAAAACACACUCUGAUCAAACACUGGGGACGUCAUUACAUUCAACGAUUUAAUUGGGAGCGAAUGUUCUGGUUCGGUACAGGCAUUAGAAAUAAAAAGAUCAACACCAACCUGCUUGACUUUGUAUUAAGCCAUGCCAGAUUAGUGGUCAAACUCAGGAGAAUAUCUGCUCAUUUUGAAGGGAGGAUGGUGGAUGUGUGGCUAAAAUUUUAGAUUUGUUUUGAAAAAGGAUCUAUAUCUGAUUCUGAAACAUGACCCGAAAUGAAAAAAUGAGUUCAUUGAUAUGUUUGUUGAAGGGAAUACUUUAGUUGAAGUAACGGCAGGAGACAGGCUGAUGCUCCAUUUCUAAUUUUGCUUCGGGAUCUGCUAACAGUAUUAGAAUCUGCCUUUUUUCACUUUGGAAGUAUUUUAUAGUUUCUGCUUUGAACAUGACUGUGUGCAGAUGGAAAUUUACUUGGAGAUUUGAAAGUUAUAUGGCUUGUUUUUUUUUACUUUGAAAAGUAAUGUCUUGAUUGUGACGGAGAUCAAAGAAUGGAAUGCAAGAAAAGUUUUUAAUAUAAAGUAUUUUUUUCAUAAUAAAAGAUUUUAAAAAAAUGCGCCCGAUCUCGUCUGAUCUCAGAAGCUAAGCAGGGUCGGGCCUGGUUAGAACUUGGAUGGGAGACCGCCUGGGAAUACCAGGUGCUGUAAGCUUUUUCAACCAGCAGAGAGCGCUAGAGCUCAAUCUACCCACACAUGUUUCAACGUGGUAACAGCGACCACUCACAUGUAAAGUUCACCUUUAUUGUUUCAUCAUAAAAAG